AUGACGUACGCGAUAGAAACAAGAGAAGACACGAACAAAACAAAGAGAAUGCUGCGCGUAGGCGAGAUGAGGGUGUUGAGAUCAAUAGCUGGCAAAACCAGAAGAGACCACGUAAGAAACACCGACAUAAGAGAACAAUGCGACGUACAGGAUAUUGGAAGGCAGAGAAGAAGGCAAUGGUAUAACCACGUCAAGAGGAUGGGCGAAGAUAGAUUACCCCGCAUAGCUCUCGAGGGAAUACCAGUAGGAAGUCCGCUCGGUAGACCGCCGAAGAGGUGGAGAGACAGCUGGCAGUCCACAUCUCAAGAAUUAAUGCAACGGCAAGCCCGGAAUUAA